AAUAUUGAGCAGAUCGAGCUCUGGAUAUCCACCUGCCACCACUCUAUUCUUCACGUAUUCGGACAUCUUUCCGUCACCUUCACCAGAGCAUAACACAAUGCCUUUGCCCACACGCAAGAUUGGUGAUGCAGACGUCGGUUGCAUUGGUUUCGGAGGGAUGGUUUUCUCAGCAAACUACGGUCCUACGAAGCCAGACGAAGACCGCCUCAAGGUAGGCGGCCUGUCUCACGCGGCCGGCUCGCCGGCUGCUAACGUGCAACGCUGCCUUAGGUUCUGGAUGCUGCCUACGAGCGAGGCUGUGCAUUCUGGGACACGGCGGACGGCUAUGGGGACAGCGAGGACCUCAUUGGAAAGUGAUUCGAGCGCACCAACAAGCACAAUGAAAAUUUCCUUGCCACGAAAUUCGCUUUUCGUGCGAUAGAUAGUAAGGGUGUCGUGAUUGAUGGCACACCGGAAUAUGCGAGGUUGGCCAUCGACAGGUCUUUGAAGAGGCUCGGUGUGGCCUUGUCGAUUUGCUCGUGAAGAUCGGCUAUAUAUUGGGCAGACCGAGCUCUGAUCAUCCACCUGCCAUCACUCUACUCUUCACAUACUC